AUGCUAAAGGCUUGGACUGUCCUCCUCCUUUGCGGCCUCCUGCCCUCCACCCAAGCUCUUGCCGACGAUGUCCUUUCGAUGGCCCGGCUGCAUAAGGAUGUCCUGGAGAAUGGUGAGCUCUGGAACUUUCUGAUUUUUCUAAAAUAUGAAAAUUCAGAGAUCUGGCCAAGGGAACCACCCGACUCUUGAAUGAGCAUUUGCAGAGAAGCAGGAACUGGCAGCCUCUUCUUCUAAACAGGAGUGGGUACAGUGGUCUUGGCAUUUGUGUGCCCAGGUGUGCCUCUGCUACGGGCUUCAUCCCCUGAUGGGCCAGCACAGCCACUGAGACCCUCAGAUCUGCACAGGUGUUUCAUAGGAUUAUAGAGCUGGAAGGGACACCAAGGGCCAUCUAGUCCAACCCCCUGCCAUGCAGAAAUCAAAAGUGAACAGGAUAACGCAUGCACAGCAGAUGUGAUGUGCGCCUCCCCAGGCUGCCAUUCAGGUUUAUACAACCUCCAUUUCUAAAAUUAGGGGGACCGUCUCAAGCCAGACAAUUGCAUUGCCCCAUCCCAGCAGUUUAUUUAUUCAGCAAUUAAAAUAUUUAUAUACCACUACACAGGUGGUGCUGUGGGUUAAACCACAGAGCCUAGGACUUACCAAUCAGAAGGUCGGCGGUUCGAAUCCCCGCGACGGGGUGAGCUCCCGUUGCUCGGUCUCUGCUCCUGCCAACCUAGCAGUUCGAAAAGACGUCAAAGUGCAAGUAGAUAAAUAGGUACCACUCUGGCGGGAAGGUAAACGGUGUUUCCGUGCGCUGCUCUGGUUCACCAGAAGCGGCUUAGUCCUGCUGGCCACCUGACCCGGAAGCUGUACGCCGGCUCCCUCGGCCAGUAAAGCGAGAUGAGCGCUGCAACCCCAGAGUUGGCCAAGACUGGACCUAAUGGUCAGGGGUCCCUUUACCUUUAUUCAGUAAAAAAAAUCAGGGUGGUUUACAACACCAGUGCAUAAAACCAUACAAAUAUUAAAAUCAGAAAUCAGCUCCCUAUUGUCAGUUCCUGAUACAGUGGUACCUCGGGUUAAGUACUUAAUUCGUUCCGGAGGUCCGUUCUUAACCUGGAACUGUUCUUAAUCUGAAGCACCACUUUAGCUAAUGGGGCCUCCUGCUGCUGCCACACCGCCGUGGUGCGAUUUCUGUUCUCAUCCUGAAGCAAAGUUCUUAACCCGAGGUACUAUUUCUGGGUUAGCAGCAUCUGUAACCUGAAGCGUAUGUAACCCGAGGUACCACUGUAUGUGAAUGGUAAUUGCAAUAUGAAAGGAGAUUCUGGGUCAACAUCUGGAAGAACUUUCUAAUGGUAAGAGCUGUUAGAUAGUGGAACAGGCUCUCUUGGGAGGUGGUGGACUCUGUUUCUUUGGAGGUUUUAAGCAGAGGCUGGGUAGCCAUGGGUCAGGGAUUUGUUUGCUACGACUCCUGCAUUGCAGGGGGCUGAAGUAGAAGUCUGCUUGAGGGUCUCUUGCAACUCUAUGAAAUGUCCUUGCCUGGACUCAUACAGUCGAAGGAUCCAGGCAGUUUAUUGCCUGGGACGUGGAAAGAGGCAGGCUUAUAAACCAGGUUCAGUCCACCCAACCUCUGGUGGAAAAGCAUGCUAAUGAGAUAGUUGUUUGUUUUGUGUCCUUGUAUAGAGUUGAUGAGGACAAUGUCAACGCUGACUUGUAUUUCCUUGACUUCUGUCCCCUGUGCUCAAUGCUGUCUCUUCCUUCCAGGCAUCUCAGAUACACUGGCCAAAGGCAACCUGCUCCAGGGACUCUUGGGGCAAGUGCUUGGUGCAGACCUUCUAGGAGGGAUCCUUGGAGGCCAAGGAGGUCCUCUCGGCUUGGUCGGAGGCUUGGCUGGAGGUGCCCUUGGAGGCCAAGGAGGAGGUCCUCUUGGCUUGGUAGGAGGCUUGGCUGGAGGUGCCCUUGGAGGCCAAGGAGGAGGUCCUCUUGGCUUGGUCGGAGGCUUGGCUGGUGGUGCCCUUGGAGGCCAAGGAGGAGGUCCUCUCGGCUUGGUCGGAGGCUUGGCUGGAGGUGCCCUUGGAGGCCAAGGAGGAGGUCCUCUCGGCUUGGUCGGAGGCUUGGCUGGAGGAGUUCUUGGAGGCCAAGGCGGAGGACCUCUUGGGAUUGUCGGUGGUGCCCUGGGAGGCAAAGGAGGUCUCCUCGGUGGUGUCCUUGGACGUGAAGGUCUCCUUGGGUGAGUUAUCUCUAUUACUGAGAAAAACACAGGGGGCAGAACUCAACGUUUCCCCAUGGCAAGAUGUAGAUGUUGCUUUGUGGAUUUAGCUUCUGCUCCUGACUGCCUCUCCUUCACCCUCCAGCUUGAAGUUGGUGGACGUCGUCCUUCCCAAGGUCUCACUGAAAUUCUUGAAAGGCGUUGGGGUCGGACUGAACAUCUAUACCAAAGUUGCUCUCAAGGGAGAUACGUGAGUUGACUUCCAUGGGAUGUAGCAAGCGGGGAGAGCGAUGGCUCAGUGGCUGAGCACCUGCUAUGUAGGCAGAAGAAUCCAAGUUCAAUCUCUAGCAGCAUCUCUGGGUUGGGCUGAGAAACCCUGGAGAGCCACUGCCAGUCAGUGUAGGCAAAGAUGAGCUAGAUGGACCAAUGGCCAUGACUCUGCAUAAGGCAGCCUUCCAUGUUCCUGUUGAGAAGGCCCAAGAAUUUUCUCCUCUUAUUCAUCCUCCAAAAGUGUACGAGGAUUUUUAUUUCACCAGGAAUUUCCCAGGUGUUCUCCUAUCCUAGCCAGUUCAAGAUAGAGUCUUUAAUGAUGAUGAUGAUUAUAAAAAAAACCUUAAACAGCAUUGAAGUAUCCUGAAGAUUUAUUUGGGACACAAUCUCCUUCAUAUCCAUGGUUGGGUUGCAUCUUAGUGUAUUUUUGGUCUUUGUUGGAAGCCGCCCAGAGUGGCUGGGGAAACCCAGCCAGAUGGGCGGGGUACAAAUAAUAAAUUAUUAUAAUAUUAUUAUUAUUAUUGCUUGGGUUGGAGGAUAGGCUUCCAUGUACAGGUGGCGAUCCUUCACUCAAAGCAGCUCCCUCAUUCACUUCUAUGGAAUAAGCCAAUGUACCUGCUCGUUCGCGGAUUGGGUCCCCAUCACUGAAUGUGGAUCACCAUAUCUACGAGUGAUUCCAUGAGCACAUCUAUGCACACACAUAUCUCUGGAUCCAACUUCAAUUCUACUUAAGUGCCCAUGUGCACAGGGUCAUAGACUCAUAGACGUGUGGAGUCUGGAGGGACUCACAGGGUCAUCUAGUCCUGCCUCCUGGAACGCAGAAAUCACAAGAGGUUGCUUCUUGAUUUCCACAGGGGGAGAAAGAGGGCACCCAACCUUUUCCAAGAAAAUCUGCAGAGAGUAGCAUCUGUGCAGGACUCACAGAUAGUGUACAAGAGGGAUCUGCAACACAUUAUUGUAGUUCUAGCCAGCCAGCCAUGCCCUUUCCAGGAUACUCCAUCCCCCUUCCCUCAGUUCCCCAACCCUCCCCCCAGCUGUCAGUCAUCAUUCUAUGGCCACUGAGCACAGUCAUUCCUUCUUAUUGGGCUGUUGGGAGCGGGUCUCCCCUAGCUUCAAUUUGUAUCUCUCUCUCUAAACCAUUUGUGUACUUGGGUUCACCAAGCAUUCAUGGCUGGUGCCAUUUCGGGUACUUAAAGACCAAUACUUGGGAGAACUGAGACCGCAGUUACACAGUGUAAUACUUCCAUUAUUCAUCUUUGUCAAAAUAAUAGAUUUCAAAACUUGCUGGGGAAAACAAAACCACACCCAGAAUAGGAGUCGUAGGACCUGCAGGGCAUUUUUGAUAUUUGUGCCCCAAGCAAUGCCUGACAAAGAAGCCAUUGCAAUCUGAGUACCUGCAGAAUACAUUUUGAAAUUGGACCUGGUUCGGUGAUCAAUCUCAUCUCCACCUCUUCUCUGUCUUCCAGGCUUUUGGGUGGGCUGCUGAAUCUUCUGGUGGAAGUGAACAUCACAGCAAAUGCACGUCUGGUCCAGGACAAGUCAGGCACUCCCAUCCUAGUUGUGGAAAACUGCAAGACCAACCUGGGUAACAUUCAGAUCCUGUCUGGGUGAGUGACCAGAGGUCCUGAGGAACACAGCCACUGCGGCUACUAGCCACUGAAACACCUUAAAGACUCACGGUCCCCAAUUAUUUUCUUCCUUAGGUUCCUUCCACUCAACUUGGACAGGGUCUUGACUAAUCUCCUGAGCAAUGUCCUCCCUGGAGUGGUGAGUCUUCCGAGAAUUUGCCAGCUCAGUUGUCGAUCACUUUCUUUGCAUCAUAGUUUUGCUGAAUUUAGGAGAGGCAUUGCAGAGUAGACUGCAGUGGAUGAGAUGGAGCAACAGACAUAGUUAAGGCGGCUGUAAAUACUGAUACAAGGCAGAAGGAUACCCUAGGAAUUUUAUUUGUUUAUAUAUUAUUGCAAUUAUGCCCCACCUUCUUCUGCAAGAAGCUCAAGGUGGCACACAGGGUUCUCCUCUUCUUCGUUGAAUCCCAACAAUCCUGUGAGGUGGGCUAGGCUGAGAGGCAGUGACUGGCCCAAGGUCGCACCCAGUGAGCUUCAUGGUUGAGCAGGAAUUCGAACCCUGGUCUCUCAGGUCCUAGUCCAACUCUCUAGCCACUACACCACACUGGCUCACACUGGCUCCACACUUGAAGUGGAGACUGCCAAUAUGGGGAAUCUUUGGCUCUCCAGCUGUUCCUGAACCACAACUCCCAUCAUCCUCGACCAUUGCCCGUACUUCUAGGACUGAUGGGAGUUGAAGUUCAGUAGAAGCUGGAGGCCAAAGGUUCCCUACCUCAGAGUUAGAGUUUUACCCUUCUGGCAAUCAGGAUGACCAAUAGCUGCUACAAGUAAAAGGUUCACCCCUUGUUGUCCUUGUUGUCUGCCAUUGCAUCUCUGGGAUGCCACCAGAAUAGGCAGAUGAGAAUUUCUUUCUUGCAAGCAGCCGGCAUUCUGCACAGGGAGAUUUAUUUUUCAGAUAACACAACAAAGGAUGUGGGGACCAUUCAGUUCUGUGGCUUCACUCCUGCUCCUUUCCCUUUGUUGCAGCUGUGUCCAGUUGUAGAUCUUGUGCUGAAUAUUGUGAACACCCUUCUUGGCACGGUCAACAGUAAGUUUUCCAUGACCUCCACCUUCCCCAUCUCCUUUGGAUCAUCAACUAGCGUAUAUAAUGUUGCACAACUUGCUGUCUCCCCACUUUGAAGUGUCAGAGCGCCCCACCACCACUGCUGCUUCCCCCAGGAACAAACGGCAGUUGGGGUUUUCUGCAAUUUGGGUUUGCUCUGAUUCAGUGCUAUAAAGCAGGUUUUCGCAGGGCAAGUGCUGGGGCAAAACAAACAAACAAAACAAACGCUUGGACGCAGAGCUUUAAAGCGAGGACCUGUGCUUAGAAAUGAGGCACAAAACAAGACAGGAUGAUGAUCCCUUAAUGUACAGGGUUGUUGCAUUGUUGGCUGAGACAUUGCUUGCGAAAGGGUUUGAGCCGUCUAAAAGCACAAGUGAAAUGCUUAGCUAUGUGUUGUGUAAAGUCCCACCUCGUUUUGUUGUUGUUGUUUAGUCGUUUAGUAGUGUCCGACUCUUCGUGCCCCCAUGGACCAGAGCACGCCAGGCCCUCCUGUCUUCCACUGCCUCCCGCAGUUUGGUCAAACUCAUGCUGGUAGCUUUGAGAACACUGUCCAACCAUCUCACCCUCUGCCGUCCCCUUCUCCUUGUGCCCUCCAUCUUUCCCAACAUCAGGGUCUUUUCCAGGGAGUCUUCUCUUCUCAUGAGGUGGCCAAAGUCUUGGAGCCUCAGCUUCAGGAUCUGUCCUUCCAGUGAGCACUCAGGGCUGAUUUCCUUAAGAAUGGAUACGUUUGAUCUUCUUGCAGUCCAUGGGACUCUCAAGAGUCUCCUCCAGCACCAUAAUUCAAAAGCAUCAGCCUUCUUUAUGGUCCAGCUCUCAUUUCCAUACAUCACUACUGGGAAAACCAGAGCUUUAACUAUACUUGUUGGCAAGGUGAUGUCUCUGCUUUUUAAGAUGCUGUCUAGGUUUGUCAUUGCUUUUCUACAAAGUCUAGUACCUUGCUUCAUUUAAAGAUUUUCAGAGACUUUGAAACUAAAGAUUUCAUUUUGUACUUGUUAUGGUUUGAAGGAAUUCUACAAAGAUUGUCUAUUGCAUAUGUACAUGGUCAUCGUGUUGCCUAGACAUUGCCGACGUUCUCUUUGCAACACAGGGGUUUGUUUGGUUACUUACUCCUUACUCUUUUUUAUUUCCUCCACAGGCGUCUGCCCAUUCGGUACGCUGGGAAAACUACAUUACACCCUGGCUGGCCUGCCAUGGUUCAGCGAUGAACAACAAAUCGUGCUGAAUCUGAAUGUAAGGCACCUUGAUUGAUUGAUUGAUUGAUUGAUUGAUUAAUUAAUUGCAUUUAUAUCCCACCUCUUCCUCCAAGCCGCUCAAGGUGGCCUACAUGCUUCCCCUCCUCCCCAUUUGAGUCUCAGAACAACAACCCUGUGAGAUAGGCUAGGCUGAGAGAGAAGCAGAGAAUAACAACAGCUAGUUAUCAACCCAUCUAGCAGCUCAGCCCCAGGGAAAAUCCUGAUGUGAAAGCCUUCACAUUAAGCCAUUCCCCAUUUCGGUGUCAAUUAAACAAUUCCAGGCAUAGGCAAACUUGGCCCUCCAGAUGUUUUGGGACUACAACUCCCAUCAUCCCUGACCACUGGUCCUCUUAGCUAGGGUUGAUGGGAGUUGUAGUCCCAAAACAUCUGGAGGGCAGAGCAUCUUUCAUUACAUACCGAUAUGAUGAUUUGCAGGGUUAAAGAAAGAGAAAAAUUGUGUAAAAAAGUACAAAGAUAGAGGUAAUCUACGUUUAGAUUAGAUUAGAAUGAUGAUAUGGUUUUAUUUGUAGAUGUGUGUUUUUGUUUUUUGUGUUUUUGUGUUCUUUCUUCUGUUUUGUUUUGUUUUCUUCUUUGUACUGUUUUAUUUUGGAUUCAAUGUUUGUAAUUUUUGUUGUAAUUUUGCAUUGAAAAUAUUUUUUUAAAAAAACCAAAAACAUCUGGAGGGCCGAGUUUGCCUAUGCCUGAAUUAUACUUAACAGACGUCCAGUUCUAUGGACCCCAAGUGUCUCUGAUCUUCUGAUUUUUUCUUUUAUGUUUCUUCCAGGUCUUAGUGCUUGAUAAUGAAGGCAACUCCAUCAAGCUUCCCCCAAGCAAGCUGCCCUCUCUUCCUCCAGCUGGUGACCACACUUCCCAGUUGCUUCUCUCUGGUGACCUCAUUUCCUCCUUGCUGCAGCUGGUAAUGAAGAACGGGCAACUCAACGUAGACAUCACUGACCAAGCGGUGAGUCGCCUGCCCCAGAAAUGAUAGUCCUUGAAGAGUCUGCAAAGGAUAAUAAUAAUAAUAAUAAUAAUAAUAAUUUAUUAUUUAUACCCCGCCCAUCUGGCUGGGCUUCCCCAGCCACUCUGGGCGGCUUCCAACAAAAUAUUAAAAUACAGUAGUCUGUUAAACAUUAAAAGCUUCCCUAAACAGGGCUGCCUUCAGAUGUCUUCUAAAAGUCUGGUAAUUGUUCUUCUCUUUGACAUCUGGUGGGAAGGCAUUCCAUAGGGCAGGCGCCACCACCGAGAAGGCCCUGUUAUGUACUGAGUUGCUCUAGGCUCCUUGGGAGGAGUGGAGGGAUAUAAAUUUAACAAAUAAACACACAAUUUAACAAAUAAGUAAAUAUACUGUAGUUAGGGAGAACAUUCCUGUUAUGUAUUGAGUUGAAUAGGAUCCAAAAUGCAGCAGUCUGAUUGGUCCUAGAACAAUAGGACCCAGAAUGCAGCAGUCUGACUGGUCCACAUGAGCCACCCAAUCCAGCUCCAGGUGGAAGUGAAUCCGCAACCUGACUGAUUGGCCUACAGGAGAAUCCCGAAAUUAGCCAAUCAUGUGGGGCCCAUUGUGUAAAUAAUGUAUCUAAAGCAGACAUUCUGGGGGAACUUCCAUUCCUCCUCACCACUAUGAGCUGAAUAAAGAGCAUGAAAUCCACUCUCGACCAACCUGUAACUUGGUUUCUCGCAGUGAGGGAACAGCCAGAAGGCCCUAGGCGCUGGACCUCAGUGUCUGGGCAGAACGAUGCGGGUGGAGACGCUCCUUCAGAUAUACUGGGCUGAGGCCAUUUAUGGACCAAGGAUGUGGUCCAGGCAGAUGGAAAGGAAGAGCCUGGAAGCUAAAUGGCCAAACACUCAAACAGCAUGGGGUGGGGGAGACGUGGUUCCUUGACCCCCUUCUCCUCCAGAGCUUUCCCCACUAAAAUAAUAUGUACAUUAUUCGUGCUGGAUGAGGCCAGAAGCCCACUUGGGCCAGCAUCCUGUUCUCACAGUGGCUGAGCAGUUGUCUGUGAGAAGCCAGCGAUCAGGAUUUGAACACAAGAGCAACUCUCCCCUCCUGUGGUUUCCAGUAAGAGGCAUUCAGAAGCAUCGCUGCCUCCCAUUGUGAAGGCAGAGCCUAGUCAAUAAUAAUAAUAAUAAUAAUAAUAAUAAUAAUAAUAAUUUAUACCCCGACCAUCUGGCUGAGUUUCCCCAACCACUCUGGGCGGCUCCCAAUCAAAUGUUAAAAACAAUACAGCAUUAAAUAUUAAAAAAAUUAAUAAUAAUUCAGCUGCAUUGGGUUCCCAUGAGUUUUAGUGCUGGGGAGGGGGGCAGAGAAAAACCUUUUCUCUAUCCACUUUUCCUGUUCCAACCAUCAUGGUAUAAGCAUCGAUUGUAUCUCCUCUUACUUGUCUUUUCUCUGAACUAAAAAAUCCCCAAAUGCUGCGACCUUUGGGGUUGCCCUUUGCUGAACCUUUUCCAACUCUACAAUAUCCUCUUUGAAGUGGGAUAACCAGAACUGUAGACAGUAUUCUACAUGUGGUCACGCCCAGAGCUUUUUUCAGCCAGAACUCACCUGAACUCAGUGCCGGCACAUCUCAGGUGAGCACCGUUGCCAUUGAUUGUAUAAUGGACCAGCUGUGGGGCCUAGGUCCCACCUAAGCCACUAUGCAUAAGGCAUAUUAUAUGAUUAAUAUAUAAUCAAUAAAGCAUUUGCAAUCCAUAAAACAGUACUAAAUAAAUAGCAAUUAAAAAUAAGCUAAACCGCUAUUAUGUUCGUAGAUACACAAACGUUGUUGUUGUUUAGUCGUGUCCGCCUCUUUGUGACCCCCUGGACCAGAGCACGCCAGGCCCUCCUGCCUUCCACUGCCUCCCACAGUUUGGUCAAACUCAUGUUAGUAGCUUCAAGAACACUGUCCCACCAUUUCAUCCUCUGUCGUCCCCUUCUCCUUGUGCCUUCCAUCUUUCCCAACAUCAGGGUCUUUUCCAGGGAGUCUUCUCUUCUCAUGAGGUGGCCAAAGAAUUGGAGCCUCAGCUUCAGGAUCUGUCCUUCCAGUGAGCACUCAGGGCUGAUUUCCUUCAGAAUGGAGAGGUUUGAUCUUCUUGCAGUCCAUGGGACUCUCAAGAGUCUCCUCCAGCACCAGAAUUCAAAAGCAUCCAUUCUUCGGCGAUCAGCCUUCUUUAUGUUCCAGCUCUCACUUCCAUAGAUCACUACUGGGAAAACCAUAGCUUUAACUAGACGGACCUUUGUUGGCAAGGUGAUGUCUCUGCUUUUUAAGAUGCUGUCUAGGUUUGUCAUUGCUUUUCUCCCAAGAAGCAGGCGUCUUUUAAUUUCGUGACACAAACAUAUAUACCCAUUAAUUCUCAGCCUCAGUUUUGCACCUAUAAAUUGGGAACAACCCCUCUCCCCGUCUUUCUUUGUUUUGAGAGGAUGAACAUGAAGGAAAUCACCAUGUCAGGCUGAAGGGGAAAAGAUUAGGGUGGCACUUAGAAGACAUUCCCCUUUUAAAAUUCUUUGCAUUUGUCUUGCUUUCCCCCAGCUCCGUGGAGCCGUCCCACUGACAACGUCUGCACUUCAAUCUGUGCUACCUCAGGUAAGGAUGCCCUAUUGGGCAUAUCGCUUUUGGUGUGUGUAUGUGAAGUGAUUUGCUUCUGCGCUCUGAGUGCGAAUCAUUCUCCCUGUCCCAUUUUUUACAGCUGUCCCGGCUGCUGCCAACAAGCCUGCCCCUGGUGGUCAAGAUCCGGAUCAGCGACCUUCCGGGAGUGUCUUUGCAAAACGGGAAGCUCACGGUGACCCUCGCUGCUGCCGUUGAUGUUUUCGCCCUCGCAGACUCCGGCCCGGAGCUUCUCUUUGGGUUGAAUGCUGUAAGUAAUGGGCUGGGGUGAAUGGCGCAUAGCUUGAAACUCCAACGCCUGCCCUGCCCUGGGUAUCUAGCCGAUGCAGUUGAAAAUUCGUAAGAACAUCAGAACAGCUUUGCCGGAUCAGGCCGGUGACCUGUCUAGUCCAGCAUCCUGUUCUCACAGUGGCUGACCAGAUGCCUGUGGGAAAUUCGCAAGCAGGAUUCGAACGCAAGACCCCUCUCCCUUCCUGUGGUUUCCAGCAACUGAUAUUCAGAAGCAUUGUGGAGGCAAAGGUGGUAGUCAUUGCUAGCACUCUUGGCUCAAUAUUUCUUUUCAAAGAACCUUUGCUUGGGUGUCAGUAAUCCCAUCCCACCCCCAAUUGUCUCUGUGUUGGGUUUAUUUAUUUUUUUAAAUGACACUUAGGUGUCCUUGAAAGCCACCAGGAUUCCUCUUUCUAGGUGUGGCAGUUCCUUUUAGCCGAAAGGAAGGAGGGCACGCAACAAAGAGCCCUCCCUGACCUCCGUGGGGCAUAGAAGUUGGGAACAGAACAGAGCAGAAUCGUAGAAUCAUAGAAGGAACCCGACUGUAGUCAUCUAGGCCAACCCCUGCAAUGCAGGAAUCUCAACCCAAAGCUGGUUUUGCAAAAGCGAAAGGAAAGGGGCCAGUCUCUUACCCAGUCAUCUUGCAUUUACAGCAAAUCGACUUGAGUGGAUCUGUCCGUAUUUCAGGAGCAAAAUUGGCUGUCUCCUUAUCUCUUGACAAGUAAGUGGAUCUUGAUGCUCUAGCCCAGGGGUCAGCAAACUUUUUCAGCAGGGGGCCGCUCCACUGUCCCUCAGACCUUGUGGGGGGCCGGACUAUAUAUCUCUAUCUAUCUAUCUAUCUAUCUAUCUAUCUAUCUAUCUAUCUAUCUAUCUAUUAUCUAUAUCUAUAUCUAUCUAUCUAUCUAUCUAUCUAUCUAUCAUCUAUCAUCUAUCCAUCUAUCUAUCAUCUAGCUAGCUAUCCAUCUAUCAAUCAUCUAUCUAUCAUCUAUUUAUCUAUCUAUCUAUCUAUCUAUAUCUAUCUAUCUAUCUAUCAUCAUCUAUAUCUAUCUAUCAUCUAUCUAUCUAUCUAUCUAUCAUCUAUCUAUCUAUCUAUCUAUCUCUAUCUAUCUAUCUAUCUAUCAUCUCUAAUAGAGAUAUAGAGAUAUAGAGAUCUCUAUAUCUCUAUCUCUAUCUCUAUCAUCUAUAUCUAUAUAUCUCUAUCUCUCUAUUUCUCUAUCUCUAUUUCUAUCUAUAUCAUCUCUCUCUCUCUCUCUCUCUCUCUCAUCUAUCUAUAUCUAUAUCUAUCUAUCUAUCUAUCUAUCAUCAAUCAUCUAUCUAUCUAUAUCAUCUAUCUAUUUAUAUCAUCUAUAUCAUCUAUCUAUCUAUCUAUCUAUCUGUCUAUCAUCUAUCUAUAUCUAUCAUCUAUCUAUCUAUAUCUAUCACCUCUAUAUCACUAUCUCAUCUAUAUCUAUAUAUCUCUAUCUCUCUAUUUCUCUAUCUCUAUCUCUAUUUCUAUCUAUAUCUAUAUCAUCUCUCUCUCUCUCUCUCUCUCUAUCAUCUAUCUAUAUCUAUAUCUAUCUAUCUAUCUAUCUAUCUAUCUAUCUAUCUAUCUAUCUAUCAUCUAUCUAUCUAUAUCAUCUAUCUAUUUAUAUCAUCUAUCAUCUAUCUAUCUAUCUAUCUAUCUAUCUAUCUAUCUAUCAUCUAUCUAUCUAUCUAUCUAUCAUCUAUCUAUCAUCUAUCUAUCUAUAUCAUCUAUCUAUCUAUUUAUAUCAUCUAUAUCUAUCUAUCUAUCUAUCUAUCUAUCUAUCUAUCUAUCUAUCUAUCUAUCUAAUCUAUCUAUCUAUCUAUCUAUCUAUCUAUCUAUCUAAUCUAUCUAUCUAUACGAAUUCCUAUGCCCCACAAAUAACCCAGAGAUGCAUUUUAAAUAAAAGCACACAUUCCACUCAUGUUAAAAAACGCUGAUUCCUGGACCAUCCACCGGCCGGAUUUAGGUGUUUGGGCCGGAUCCAGCCCCCGGGCCUUAGUUUGCCUACCCAUGCUCUAGAUCCCUAGGUUAUGGUGCAGAAUAACAAACGGCAUUUGGACAGGACUGGAGUUAAGGUGGUGUCGGUGGUUCUUCCACACAGGGACACUGAGCUGAGGGUGGGGUGGGGGGGCACCAAAAUAGUAGUAGUAGUAGUAGUAGUAGCAAAACCUAUAUUUAUAUGGGUACCUACUGAGAAGAUCCAUUAAAAAGCAACUGUACCAAAAGGAAUUGUUGUGAAAAUAAGAAAUGUUUAGGGGGCUCAUCAAAUUUUGUCCUUGGUUGGGGCCACAUUACCAAAAUCCGUCCCUGAUUUGGAGAAAGUCUCCCUUUAGACCAGUGGUUCCCAAAGUGGGUGAUGCUGCCCCCUGGAGGGCAGUGGGAUUACCUAGGGGUUGCUAAGAGGUAAGGGGGGCAGGGGGGGAACCAGAGGUGUAGUCCAUGAUUCUCGAUUCUGCACUGUGUUUAUAGUCCCCUUUCUUCCUGAUCUUUUCUCGGCCGUGCUCUGGAAACUCUGCAGACCAGCCUCCCCCAACAUGAUGUCCUCUACAUGUCUUGGACUACAGUUCCCAUCAGUCCCAACCAGUUGUAGUCCAAGAUGACUAGGGGCCAUCAGAUGAUGGAGGACUUCUCUGUGCCAGAUGUGCAGCCUAGCACCCAAUGCUUUCCUUUCCUUUCCCUUCACAGCGUCAGCCUCAACGUCUCGUCUUCCCAGAUCGGCUCCUUUGAUGUAAGACUCCCUUCCACCAAAUACUGCAGUGGACCCCUUGGAGAAGAUUUUGAGGGAGCAGGGCGGGGUGGAGUGGGGAGAAGAAGUCCUGUCCCAUGAGCAGAACUCCCAAGGUCUCUGCAUCUCACCUGGAACUUGAAAGAGAAAGAGAUGGCUGAACUCGUCCAGGAUUGGGGGUUUCUGCUGGAGCAGAGGUGGAGACGGCAUCUGGGGCAGCCACACAAGCCCUUGGGUGCUUGAGCUACAAAGGGUGAAGUCCCAUCAUAGAAUUGUGAAGUUGGAAGGGUCAUAGAAUCAUAGAAUCAUAGAGUUGGAAUAGACCACAAGGGUCAUCCAGUCCAACCCCCUGCAAUGCAGGAAUCUCAGCCAGAGAAUCCCUGGCAGAUGGAUGGCCACCCAACCUCUGCUUAGGAACCUCCAGUGAAGGGGAGCUCAUCACCUCCUGAGGAAGUCAUACAGUCAUACCUCAGGUUACAGACGCUUUGGGUUGUGCGAUUUCAGGUUGUGCACCGCGCCGAACCCGAAAGUACCGGAACUGGUUACUUCUGGGUUUCGGCGCUUUCGCAUGUGCAGAAGCACUAAAUCACUCUUUGCGCAUGUGCAGAAGCGCCAAAUCGCAACCCUCGUAUGGGCAGGUGCGGCGCUGCGGGUUGCGAACGUGCUUCCCGCACGGAUCACGUUCGCAACCCGAGCGCCCACUGUACUGUCAGAAAGUUCUUCCUAAUGUUUAGCUGGGAAAUAUUUGAAGUAAGCAACCCAGCAGGUCACAUCUCCAUAGCUGUCAGCUUUUCCCUUUUCUUGCAAGGAAUCCUAUUCGGAAUAAGGGAAUUUCCCUUAAAAAAAGGGAAACGUUGACAGCUAUGCACAUCUCUUUCUCUCACCAACUGAUGAUGCAGAAGUUUCUCUUUCUUUUGCAGGUUGCCGUACUCAAAACCUGGAUCACAAACCUUCUCAGAAUUGGAUACCUGCCUGUGAUCAACGGUAAAAGAGCCGUAUUUGUAGCAAUAGGCGUUCGGUUUCAGCAUUGCCUUUGGGAUGCAAAACCCAUUCUGCAUGUCUAGCGUUGUUUCUUGGUUUUCUUCCAGGUGCCCUGGAGAUAGGAAUCCCACUCCCUAACCUCUUCAACCUGAACUUCGCCGCUGGGGAUGUCAACAUUGUUGAUGUAAGAUCUCAGCUGCUCAUUUCUUGAAAAUGCGCCUGGGAACCCGCAACUUAGUGGGUUGUAUUCAAUGCUAAAGGACCCCUGACCAUUAGGUCCAGUCGUGGACGACUCUGGGGUUGCGGCGCUCAUCUCGCUUUACUGGCCGAGGGAGCCGGCGUACAGCUUUCGUGUCAUGUGGCCAGCAUGACUAAGACGCUUCUGGCGAACCAGAGCAGCGCACGGAAACGCCGUUUACCUUCCCGCCAGAGCGGUACCUAUUUAUCUAUUCGCACUUUGACGUGCUUUCGAACUGCUAGGUUGGCAGGAGCAGGGACUGAGCAGCGGGAGCUCACCCCGUCGCGGAGAUUCAAACCACCGACCUUUGGAUUGGCAAGUCCUAGGCUCUGUGGUUUAACCCACAGUGCUACCCGCGUCCUGCAGUGCUACUUCUGACUCAAAGUAAACUCCAUUGAGGCUAAUGGAUGUGACGUUCCUUAAUUUCAAUGGGGUUUACUCUAAAUAGGGCUCACUUUAAAACGGUCCAGUGAUUGACACAUGACCUGCAUGUCAGGGGAGGAAGAGGGGCAGAGGAAAGCAUGCUUUCUACUGCUGGAGAGAGGAGAGUGGGUGGCUUAUGGUGUAAGGAGCUUCAUAUGUCUUUAUUUGAUGAGAUUGACUGAUGUGAUAGUAGGAGAAAUGUAACAGACAAGAGGCAAAGAAAAUCAAAGGGAUUUCAGAUUCAGGAGCAAAGCAUGCUUUUAAUUCAGUCAGGACAGAUCUAUCCCUUCCAGUGUUUCUGUUUCUAUUUUCUCCAGUCUUAAAUCCAGUUCUCCAUGUUGGGAUACUGCCAGGGAGACAAAUGCCAUCAUGCCUCCACGCCGGUCUCCCGUAGAACAGUAUCAGUCAAUUAGCGACACGAGCCUCAGAAAUAACUGUCCACAUUCCAGGACUCAUGCGCGCCCUUUUCGCAGAGUUCGCACAAUGAAAGAUUCACCCAGGAGAGCAGCAUAUUUACAGCUUUAUUCAGCGUUGGUCAGAACAAAGGAAAAAACAUGACUGCCUGCCUGCGUGUCAGGCAACAGAGAGAAACAAAAGCUAUAUACAAAACAGAAACUUCUUGUGAGCAGGAAAUACGCAGGCUGUGACUCACAACAGCCUGUCCCCUUUUUAAGGUGGAAUGGAAAUAUCCGAACAUCCUCCCCCUUUCCGUGUAAUCUCUAGUACCUGUGGUUCAACCCAAUUGCAACCUCUGUACAUAAACCUUAAGUUGUUCUCUGUUAACAACCUUAGACAACAGAUCAGCAGGAAUUUCAUUUCCUGGCAUGUAGGACACCUGAAUGAGUCCUUUCUGAAUACACUCUCUUGCACGAUGUAGCUUAAUCUGCAAGUACUUGGUUCUUUGCUUGCAACUCUCUGAGUUCAGCAAAGCCAAACAGGAUCUAUUGUCCUGAUACACUUGUAUAGGACAUUUCACAGAAACUCUGAUGUCCUGAGCCGUUGAGCCUCCCUGAUAGUAUCCCAUAGUUCCACAGCAGGUUUUCUUAAAACUGAUAACUUAAUUAAUGAAUUUUAUGCCUUUCACUGCUGCUUUCUCUUAAUACUGCCAUUUGUAAUGGAGUUCUGACUAAUACACACAUAUUAGUAUGCUAUGCUCAAGAACAUAUGCCUUUUUCGCACACUUUCCUCCAAUAUAUGCAGUUUCUGUUAUUUUGCUGGAGAACUGCACCACGAAACUGGGGUAUGUGCAAAUUUAGCAGGAUAGCCAUGUGUUGGGCUCACAUAGUGAUUGGAGAUGUUCCAGUUUCUCAUUGAAAUGCAGCCAGGUUUCUUUCGUAACUGUGAUGCUUUUCUUCUCGGCAGAAUGCAUUGCUGGCGAGCGUGACUCCUAAACUCCUCUAG